AAUGCAGUGCGGCGGGGCGCCGGCGAGCCCGCGGGACGGGGUGGCGGGCGGCGGGCGGCGCGGAUGUCGGGCUGGGCGGACGGGCGCGGCGGCGAGGGCGACGGCCGCAUCUACGUGGGCAACCUCCCGACCGACGUGCGCGAGAAGGACCUGGAGGACCUGUUCUACAAGUACGGCCGCAUCCGCGACAUCGAGCUCAAGAACCGACACGGCCUGGUGCCCUUCGCCUUCGUGCGCUUCGAGGACCCCCGAGAUGCAGAGGAUGCAGUUUAUGGACGAAAUGGUUACGAUUACGGCCAGUAUCGGCUUCGAGUGGAGUUCCCCAGGACUUACGGAAGUCGGGGUGCGUGGCCCCGCGGUGGCAGGAACGGGCCUCCUUCAAGAAGAUCUGAUUUCCGAGUCCUCGUUUCAGGACUUCCACCGUCAGGCAGCUGGCAGGAUCUGAAAGACCACAUGCGAGAAGCUGGGGAUGUCUGUUAUGCAGAUGUGCUGAAGGAUGGAAUGGGAAUGGUUGAGUAUCUCAGAAGAGAAGACAUGGAAUACGCCCUGCAUAAACUGGAUGACAGCAAGUUCCGCUCUCAUGAGGGUGAAACUGCUUACAUCCGAGUUUAUCCAGAAAGAAGCACGAGCUAUGGCUACUCACGGUCUCGGUCUGGGUCAAGGGGCCGGGAUUCUCCAUACCAAAGCAGGGGUUCUCCCCAUUACUUCUCUCCUUUUAGACCUUAUUGAGACAAGGUGACCGGCUUUUGUCCUGGUUAUUUUCUAGGUAAACUGAGCUGCUCUGUGCUCAGAAUCUACAUUCCACAUAUUAAUGAUUUAGUCUCUUCGGAACUUUUCUUUUUAUUUCUCUUAAAGGAAAGAAAACUACAUAACUUCUACCAGGGCUAUACUAGCAGUAAAACUUUUUUAAACUGCAGAAAUUAAGGUUUUAGUUCAGAAAUAAGUAUAUUUUUCACCUGAUUUUUUUUGGGGGGUGGGGGGAAGGGAUGUCAAUGCUGUCUUUGUGACUUGCUCUGCAAUGGAGAUCAACAGUUACUGUGACUGAGUCAGCCCAUUAUGUUUAGAAAUAUAUUUUAAACAUUUAGUAA